AUGACGCAAGUAAAAGCUUCAACUAUUGACCAACUUGGUCUCGAUCAUGGGUUGCAUGAGCAGCGCUUAUCUCGUGACAAAAGCAAACUGAAAAUGACAAUCUUAUACCACAUUGAGCGUAAUCUAUUCGCCGUCAAGGAGGGGUUGCCAGAUGGUGCUCAUGUCAUUCUCAAACGCAUUAAUCCCUAUCUACAUAUAAAGCACUAUUUCACACCUUCUGAUGAACUUUCUGCUCCUAUAGAGAAUGUUUGCUCAUGUGCUUGUAAUGAUCCUAUCAGCUCAAUGAAUGAGAGCUUUAACACCAAAGAUAUUGUAGCCUAG